AUGGAGAGCCUGUCAUCUGAGGGACCCCCUGGCCAUUGUCACCAGGAGGAAGCUGGUGCCUGCUACCAGCUCACCGUGAGGGUCCUGGAGGCACGGAGGCUGCGCACGACUGAUCUGUUGAGUGAGGCAGACCCAUAUGUGACCUUGCAGCUGCCAACUGCUCCUGGGAUGAAGUUCAAGACUAAAACAGUCACCAACUCCAGUCACCCCGUGUGGAAUGAGACCUUCCAUUUCCUCAUCCAGAGUCAGGUCAAGAAUAUUCUGGAGCUGAACGUCUAUGAUGAAAACUCAAUCACAAAGGAUGGCAUCUGCUUCAAGGUGUUCUACGACAUCUCAGAGGUCCAUCCUGGCAAGCUGUUCCAGAAAACCUUCUCCCCAGGUCCCCAGGGACAGGAAGAGCUAGAUGUGGAGUUUCUGCUGGAGAAAACGUCAGACCCUCCAGAAAGUCUCAUCACCAAUCAUGUCCUUGUGGCCCGAGAACUGUCACAGCUGGAUGUCUGCGUGGACACAGCAGAGAGCACCAUGGUGGCCGCAGGUCAGGAUGAGCUGGAGCUGGUAUUGAAGGGAUCCUAUGAGGACACACAGACGUCUGCCCUGGGCACAGCCUCGGCCCUCAGCUUCCACUACCUGGCAGCCCAAUGCACAGAGCUGAGCGGGCAUCUGAAGAGCUCCAGAGGCAACAGCUGUAAUUCCAACAUGUUGGCUGGACACCUCUCAGUGCCCCUGAGGUCCCUGGCCAGGGGGACCAAGGUGACGGUGGACAUUCCUGGUACAAAUGCCCCAGGAGUGAGGCUGCAGCUCAAUUCAGACAGCUGCCCUAAGGAGCUGGCUGUGCACCUGGGCUUCGACCUGUGUGCGCAGGAGCGGGCCUUCCUGCGCAGGAGGAAGCAGGUGGCGGCCAAGGCCCUGAAGCAAGUCCUCCAGCUGGACAGAGACCUACAGGAGGACGAGGUCCCAGUGGUGGGUAUUGUGGCUGAAGGAGGAGGUGCCCGGGCCAUGACCGCAUUCUACGGCCAUCUACUGGCCCUGCAGAAGUUGGGCCUCCUAGACUGUGUGACCUACCUGAGUGGCAUCUCUGGCUCUACAUGGACAAUGGCGCACCUGUACUGGGACCCAGAGUGGUCACAGAAGGACCUUGAGGGGCCCAUCAGCCAUGCUCGAGAGCAUCUGGCCAAGAGUCAGUUAACAGCCUUCUCCCCAGAGCGCCUGGCGAGCUACCACCGGGAGCUGGAGCUGCGAGCUAAGCAGGGACACUGCACGACCAUUGUGGACCUGUGGGCUCUGGUGCUCGAGUCCAAGCUCCAUGGCCAGGUGACAGAUCACAAGCUAUCAGGCCAGCGAGCAGCCCUGGAGCGGGGACAGAACCCUCUGCCUCUCUACUUGAGCCUCAAUGUCAAAGAGAACCGUCUAGACACCCUCGACUUCAAGGAGUGGGUGGAGUUCUCCCCCUACGAGGUCGGGUUCCUGAAGUACGGGGCCUUCAUUCCACCCGAGCUCUUCGGUUCUGAGUUCUUCAUGGGGCGACUGAUGAAGAGGCUCCCUGAGCCCCAGAUCUGCUUUCUGGAAGCUAUCUGGAGCAACAUUUUCUCCUUGAACCUGCUGGACACCUGGUAUGAUCUCACCUGUUCUGGAGAGGACUGGAGACAGCACAUCAAGGACAAGAUCCAGAACACAGGGAAGCAGCCCCCGGCCUCCUCCGAGAGCGUCUCUUGGGCGGAGGGCUCGUGGCUGCAGCCCGGCACAGCCCUGGCGCAGGCGUUCAAGGGCUUCCUGACCAACAGGCCGCUGCACCAGCGCAGUGCCAACUUCCUCCACGGCCUCCAGAUGCACCGGAACUACUGUGAAGAGAAAGCCUUCUCCACCUGGGCAGACUGCCAGCUCGAUGCCACGCCCAGCCAGCUGACCCCCCAGGAGCCCCAGCUCUGUCUAGUGGACUCUGGCUACUUCAUCAACAACAGCUACCCUUCCAUGUUCCGGCCAGGCCGCCAGCCGGACCUCAUUCUGUCUUUCAACUACUCACUCGACUCGCCCUUUCAGGCCCUGCAGCAGACGGAGCUGUACUGCAGGGCCCAGGGGCUGCCCUUCCCCCGGGUGGAGCUCAGUCCUGAGGACCAGCGCCAGCCCAGGGAGUGCCACCUCUUCUCCGACCCCGCCUGUCCCGAGGCCCCCAUCCUGCUGCACUUCCCGCUGGUCAACGCUUCCUUCAAGGACUUCUCUGCCCCAGGUGUCCGGCGCAGUCCUGCAGAGCUCGGGGCUGGCCAAGUGGAUCUCAGCCGAGCCACCUCCCCCUACGCCCUGUUCAACAUGACCUACAAGGAGGCCGACUUCGACCGUCUGCUGAGGCUCACUGACUACAAUGUGCAGAACAGCCAGACCGCCAUCCUGCAGGCCCUAGGGACCGUGCUGAAGCGCAGGGCCCCAGACGCCAGGCCAUCGGGGGUGCAGACAUGA